CAUUCGUGCGUCGCACGCGUCCUUUCUGUUAACCGACGCCCAGUUCUCGCGUAUUUAUAACUGAAAAUAAAUAAAUAAUAAUUCCAAUUGUGAACCGAACACCCCAGUGAUGCUUAUCAAAACGUUUUAAUCCAUCUUAACGGAAAAAUAUCAGUGAAAGGUGCAUUCAGGGAAAAUGUCUGAACGCUUCAAAGUGACCAAACAUGAUGAGCCUUCGGGAAAGAACUAUAAAAACUAUGGUGCUACAUCAGCCGAGAGUGACAUGGAGCUGAAGGGAAAACUGCUUCCCGAGUCAGGAGAUACCGAUGACCUGGCAAAAGAUAAAGAUAAAUGUUGCGACACGAAUCUGUACCUUUACCAUGAUGAAAUCGAGGACAGACCACGCGCAGCUACCUUUCUCAGUUCUCUGGCGGACUACUCCAACACAAUACCCACGGCUUCCGCAGCUGAUCCCGAUGCACCAAAACCAGCUCCCCCAGCGCGGAUGGGCACUCUCAUCGGUGUCUACCUACCUUGUAUUCAGAAUAUCUUCGGUGUUAUCCUAUUUAUCCGUCUUACCUGGGUUGUUGGCACAGCAGGGGCUAUUCAAGGCUUCCUAAUUGUUCUCAUUUGCUGCUGCACGACUAUGUUAACGGCUAUAUCGAUGUCUGCAAUCGCAACGAACGGUGUUGUACCAGCGGGUGGUUCCUACUUUAUGAUUGGACGAUCUUUGGGCCCGGAAUGUGGAGGUGCAGUCGGCAUGCUGUUCUAUACUGGGACAACACUUGCUGCAGCCAUGUAUAUCGUUGGUGCUGUUGAAAUUGUAUUGACAUACAUGGCACCGUGGAUGUCAAUAUUUGGAGAUUUUACUAAAGACCCUGAUGCAAUGUAUAAUAACUUUCGAGUGUAUGGAACUGGACUACUUUUGAUUAUGGGAAUGGUUGUCUUUGUGGGAGUAAAGUUUGUGAAUAAAUUUGCUACAAUCGCCCUCGCUUGCGUAAUCCUGUCAAUAUCAGCCGUUUACGCCGGAAUUUUUGUUAACUUUAACGGGAACGACAAGCUGCAAAUGUGCGUACUAGGUAAACGAUUAUUAAAGGACAUUCAUAUCAACAACUGUACUAAAAGUCUUGGCGGUGAAUUAGAGCAAAUAUUCUGUCCUAAUAAUACUUGCGAUCCUUACUACCAAACCCAUGAAGUCAGUAUUGUUCAAGGCAUUAAGGGUCUGGCAAGCGGAGUCUUUUUCGAUAAUUUAUAUGAUUCGUUUCUCACACUUGGACAAUACAUAGCUUAUGGAAAAGAGCCCGAUGACAUUGAACAAAUGGAACGUCCAACAUUUAAUCAAAUAUUCGCAGAUCUUUCGACUACUUUUCCCAUUCUAAUCGGAAUAUUCUUUCCUUCUGUCACUGGAAUAAUGGCUGGUUCAAAUCGUUCUGGAGAUUUAGCAGAUGCUCAAAAAAGUAUACCAAUAGGAACAAUAUGCGCUAUUUUGACAACAUCAGUGGUAUAUUUAUCGUCCGUCUUGUUAUUUGCUGGAACCGUGGACAAUUUAUUACUUCGUGACAAAUUUGGCCAGUCCAUUGGUGGUAAACUGGUAGUAGCUAACAUGGCCUGGCCCAAUCAGUGGGUGAUACUAAUUGGAUCCUUCCUCUCAACGCUUGGAGCUGGUCUACAAUCUCUCACUGGAGCUCCCCGGUUACUCCAAGCCAUUGCCAAAGAUGAAAUUAUACCAUUCCUUGCACCUUUUGCUGUAUCAUCGAGUCGAGGCGAACCAACACGAGCUCUUCUUCUAACGAUGGUUAUAUGUCAAUGUGGUAUACUGCUUGGAAACGUUGAUAUUUUGGCUCCUUUAUUAUCUAUGUUUUUCUUGAUGUGCUACGGAUUCGUAAACCUAGCAUGUGCUCUCCAGACAUUACUAAAAACUCCAAACUGGCGACCCAGAUUCAAAUACUAUCAUUGGUCACUAUCAAUUGCUGGUUUGAUUUUAUGCAUUUCAAUUAUGUUUAUGACUUCAUGGUUUUACGCACUCAUUGCUAUGGGAUUAGCGGGAGUAGUAUACAAAUAUAUUGAAUAUCGAGGUGCUGAGAAAGAAUGGGGCGAUGGUCUUCGGGGAUUAGCGCUAUCUGCUGCUCGAUAUUCUUUACUUCGUCUUGAGGAAGGGCCUCCACACACCAAAAAUUGGCGUCCACAAGUACUAGUUCUUGCUAAACUGAAUGAGGAUCUUAACCCAAAAUACCGAAAGAUGCUUGCAUUUGCGAGUCAAUUAAAAGCUGGCAAAGGUUUAGCGGUAUGCGUAUCGGUCCUUGGUGGUGACUUCACCCGACGAGCUGGAGAGGCUUCGACAGCUAAGCAGAAUCUGCGUAAAUGCAUGGAAGAAGAGAAAGUUAAAGGGUUCACCGAUGUGCUCGUAGCUAAUAGCAUUGCUGACGGACUAAGUCAUUUCGUCCAAACUACUGGUUUAGGAGGCUUGAAGCCCAAUACAGUAAUUGUUGGUUGGCCGUACGGCUGGCGACAGUCUGAAGAUGAUCGCACUUGGCAUGUCUUCCUGCACACUGUCCGAGCUGUCACAGCUGCAAGAAUGGCCAUGCUUGUACCUAAAGGCAUCAACUUCUUUCCUGAUUCAACUGAAAAGAUAUCUGGUAACAUCGAUAUCUGGUGGAUAGUUCACGACGGCGGCAUGUUGAUGUUAUUGCCUUUCUUACUCAAACAACACCGUACGUGGAAAAACUGUAAAAUGCGUAUUUUCACUGUAGCGCAAAUGGAGGAUAACUCGAUUCAAAUGAAAAAAGACCUUAAAAUGUUCCUGUAUCAACUAAGAUUAGAAGCAGAAGUCGAAGUUGUAGAAAUGACCGACAGCGACAUUUCCGCAUACACAUACGAACGCACUUUAAUGAUGGAACAACGAAACCAGAUGCUGCGCGAACUAAGACUAAACAAGAAGGAGACUAUGGGAAUGAUGCAAAAUUUGGUGGACUAUCGUGACCAAACCGCUGAGGAAAAGUUACCUCUGGUGCAAGCCAUAGUUGACCAUCACCACGCUGAUAUUAAGACAGCAAGCAAAGUACGAUUUGCAGAUCCAGGCAGCGAACCGAAUCUAAACGAUGCACCAUCCCCUCCUUUAGCUGACAGUGACGAAAAGGAACACGAUGACAAGGAUGACUUUCGAAGUAGUUUGUUGCACAUAAUUGAUUCAAUGUGGGACUCGUCUGCUGAAAACUCACAGUGUGAGGGAGCUCCUUCGCCACCUCCGGACGCUGAAAAGAAAGAUGGCAACGCUAAUGGUGACGCACUCAACUCUAAACCUAAUUUGACAAGUAUUACACCUGAUGAGGGUACAGUUCGACGCAUGCACACAGCGGUAAAAUUAAACGAAGUUAUCGUGUCUCGAUCCCAUGACGCACAAUUAGUCAUACUUAACCUGCCUGGUCCUCCUCGUGACACCAAACUUGAAAGGGAAUCAAACUAUAUGGAGUUCCUAGAGGUGUUAACUGAGGGAUUAGAAAAGGUUUUAAUGGUACGUGGCGGGGGUCGGGAGGUGAUCACCAUUUACUCGUGAAUAUGUUGCCUUCUAAUCUGUAUUUCGAAAAGGCAAUAUCCCAUUUCGUGCAUUUUUAGAUACUUCACGAAAUGACUUCAAAAUAACGUAUUAUAUUCCUUAAUGAUUAAAUUAUUUAACUUUAAAAAAUAAUGUAAAGUCAGCAUUUUGCAGAAUUUACUUGAUACUGAUUUCAUUUAAAAUAUACCGCAAUUGAACGUGUAAGUUUUGUUAGAUGGAUUUGUUAUGAAGUCUUAGUGUUGUGUAUUUUCUGUCUGUGUAGGAAAUUUAAGUAAAUUGAAUUACUUAUUGUAACAAGGAGCCUUACUUAGAUCUAGUUAUAAGUUGGUUUUGUUAUAGUCUAGCGAGUAGCGAUACAUUUGUUACAGAUAUGCCAUAUCGUUUUUAAUUUUACGAUUGUUAUACUAUCCUUCCUUUAUUUUUUCUAUCGAUUUUAAGAAUAGCUAUUUUAUAGAUUUAGAAUUUACAAUCUUAUGAAUUCUGUAUUUAAUGUAAAUACUAAUUCUGUUCUUAAGACGUCUGCUCAACUUUAAAAUAAUAUUUGGACUGAGAAUAACAUUUAUUUAUCCAAUGAAACAUGAAAAGGAUUGGACUACUCAAUCUAGUCAUUUUAAGGCUGGUUCCAAUAUUCACGAACUAGGUACAUUAAUAAGAAAGUAACAUAUAAUAUUUUGGAACAGAUAAAUUAACUGGCAAAAAUAUUCUUCAACGGCCAAAGUGACUCCUUAAAUGAUAAUACAUUUUUAUUGUUAAUUAAAUCUUAGCCAAAAAUGUUAGCCUACAAAGGGCUAUCUUUGCUUAUUAGAACUAUCUGACAUCCGUACACUACUGUAUGUAUUACGACUAUGAAAUAAAGCAAAUAAAAUAGUACUACGUUUUACGUACGAAAAGUUACAUACAUGUUUUAAUGUUAUUGGCAGAUAGAUUCAUAAUGAAUUAGAAAAUUAUUAUAUGCAAAGUUUUACUUGAAAAUUUACGCAGGUCUCUUUAUCUUUAGAUGACAACACGUAACUUUAGUGUUUAACUCAUAAACUUUUUGCGCACAUUCGCGUAGUUAGAAGAUUUCUUACUGUGAUCGUUUAUAUACCGUUUUGUCAUUUUGUAAGAUUAAUUCAUUGUGGCAGAAUAUCUUCUAGUUUUAAGCAGAAAUAGAAUAGCCUAAGAUAACUGGAUUAUCUAAUAAUCUUAAUUGUAUUUGUCUAUAGGUUAUCUAUUAGUAAAAGUACCUAAACUAUACCUAAAAAUAAGAUUGUUAAACUCUACCUUCAGAGAUAUCAAUAACAUUCCAAAACUUUUCUAAGUAUAUUUGAGGUAACUUUAAAGAUGAAGACCUUGUACAAACAUUUAUUGCUUCAAAGAUAAGCAUAAUUACUCUUCAUAAGAAACUAGUAUUCUGUAUUCUGAGGUGUGUUGCUCAGAAUCUUUUAAGUCAUAAUGGCAAACAACUGCCAGUAGCAUCGCAGUUAACUUACCAAUAAGAAAGAGUUGGAUUAAAUUAAAAAACGUCAAUUUAUUUACUUAGUUUAAAUCAUUCUUAUAUGCAAAGAGCGUUAGAUGACUGCCAAACUAAGUAUUGAUGUUGUAAAAAAAAUAGAAAAUAAGAUGAUAAUUUUAAGUAAUAUUGGUUGACAUUUGAAGAUUCUAGUUGAUUAGAUUCAAGCGAAUAUUAGAUAUGUAAGGCAUCAGCAUGAUAUCACUUUUUGUAGAAAUCAUACUCAUAGAAUGGUAAUAAGGUAAAUAGUAAUAUUUCUAUCUUUAUUAGUGUUCUUGUAGAGAUCACAAAUCAAACAUCUUCAGGACGAGUUAUAUUACGUAUUCGAUCUACUUACUUUGCCUUGUUUGCGUGAAUUCAUCAUGAUUCUAUUUGUCUAACUAUUUUUUCCAGCUGGUAAAUUAUAUGGAUGAUAAUUUAUCGUUAUAUACACAAAAAUUUGUACGUAUAACUUAAAGAUGUGACAUUAUUUUCUAAUCUACUUGGCAUACCUAUGUUAUAUUCUUCAAUAUUCACAAAGUCUACGAAGCGGCUUUAGCCUUUAUGAUGCAUUUUGCCUUUAGAUAAUUAUUAAAGAAAACAUAAUAAUAUAAUUAUUAAAAAAUUCAAAUAUUAAAAAAUAUCUUAAUCAAGUUAAGUACCUAAAGUAGGUGAAUGCUAUUCUAUUUAAUUCCUAAAACAAAUAACUAUUUUACUUCGAGUAAAAUAAAUUAUCACUAAGUGAUUUUUACCGUAAAUAAUUUUAUGAAAAUGUGGUAAAUUGACAAAAGUAUAACAUACAAUAGUUUAUUUUAAACUAAAGAGCUUAUAAAUGAAAUUUUCCUAAUUACUACUUCCUUCAAACUUUUAUCACGCAAAGCAAAUUAAUAAAUAGAGAUAUUUGUGAAGGAAUUAUCAUAAAAUUUAUUGUUUAGGUAAGCAAGAGAAAUAUAACACGUUAACCCAUAAAUGAGAUUACGCUUACGCUUCAAAUGUUGAUUAUUGCUGCAUAAUUCAACAUUUAUUUCGUAUUGAUUUUUACGACCAUCAUAAUAAUAUGAUAACCAACAACGCAAUCUGCUGUUAAUUUGAAGUUCGCUUUAAUGCAUCGAUUAAUGUUUAAGUGUGACAAAUGUGAAAGUUACUUUGCCUUCAAAUCACUUCUAUGCUUAUAGGUACCUGACAUACCGUAGAAAAUAUAAAUAUUGUGUAGAAAUUAGCACAAUGUGGUAAUUUAAUGGUAUUUAAAAAAAAUACUUUCUAUUGAGUUCUGUCCAACAUUACUUUCUUAACAAUACGUAUGUUUUAAUACUAAAGACGUCACGGUUACAGGAUCUGAAUUAUUAAAAGCACAAUGCUAUCACAAUCAGUUUUCAGUGCUAUUAGUAUCAUGAAAUGAAAGUAAGGUGUUUCUUAAAGAAAUUCAUAAUUUAGACGUGUUUAAGUAGGUAAUAGUAACGAAGUCAUCUGUUUAUUGUACCUAUUCUGUAAAAUGUAUUGUUAAAAAGAAAGCCCUAAUUAGAUUGAAUUGAGCCGACUAAAUCAAAGAUCGAUCAAGCUAGUGCCGCUGUGAUACAACAUAUGGCUAUAAAAAUACAAUUCAUACUUUAUGUUAUUUCUGUUUUCACUUUCAACAAUAACUAAUUAAAAUUGCAAUUGCUGUACCUACUUGUAUUGGAAACGUAAAACAUUCUUACUUAUAGUUUUCGUUCAUGGCCCUUAAGCAAAGUCUCUUUACGCAAUCUUGAUUAGAAAUACUUCCCCUUACCAAAACAACUGAUUUGAUAAACGUAUAUAAAGACGGCCGUGCCUAUUCAAAGAUGUUGGGUCACCGAUCCGAUGUUCUGAAAAAUAACCCUAAAUAUAUAAUAUUGUUAUUUGUAGUUUGAACAUUCGUAUUUUAAAUUAUGCCAUAUUUUGACACUGCGUUAUUUUUAUUUUAUAUAGAUUUUGUUAUUAUACAAUAUUUUAAACUAUUAAGAAAAUUAAUAAUUAUUGUCUAAAGUGUGAAAAUCUAUUUCCACUGAAUAAGCUAAGAAAUUAUUAAAAAUACCUUUUCAAAUAAUAACUCUAGAUAAUUAGAUUGAUUCAGUGAUUACAUUCUAAAAUAAGGAAAUGUUAUAAAUAUAAUAAAGUAAU